CGGUGUGUAUUUAAAGCGUCAGAAACUGGAGUUCAAUUUCUUGUGCUGUUUAUCGAGCAGUCUGAUUAUUCUUUUUGGUGAAGAGAAAACAAGGGAUGCUAAAGAAAACAAUAACAUCGAUUAUUGUGAUUUAAUAUAUAUAUUUAUAAUCCGUUGUUCUUUAUCAAAAUGAGCAAAACCGAGAAACCUCUGUCAACUCUUUGGGGUUGCGAACUCAAUGGAUCUAAUAAAGAAGAAUCCUUCAAGACGGACGAUACGAACCAUCAACAUCAGCUGGCGUUAAGAACAAUGUGUUUGGGUCACACCGCUAAAGAUGAGUUUAAUAUCGUCGAGCUGGUCACUGGUGAAGAAAACAGCGGCGCGAAAGCGGUUCCUAUAGCAACACUACACGCUAAAUCCAUGCCAACGGUGAACCUGUCUGGUUUGGAUCUUCAUCCACCCGUGACCUUUCGCCUGAAGCACGGCUCGGGGCCCGUAUAUGUCGGAGCGGAACACGUAGCCCUGGAAGAGUUCUCUGAUGAUGAAGAGAUGGAUGAUGAGGUUGAUGAGGAGGUGGAGGAGGAGGAAGAAGACAUUGAAGAAUCCCCAGUGAAGAAAGUCACAAAGAAUGGCGCUGGCAAACGGAAGAAGCCAGAAAAGGCAGAGGAUGAGGAAACCUCAGACGGUGAAAAUCCACCUAAAAAGGGUAAAGGAAGGGGACGAAAGGCACAAGCUGCAAAGGUGUGACCAGGCAAGGACCUGUAAGACAUCCCAGAAAGAUGCUGUCGGACACUUGAAAUGGGAAGUUCAAUUUUUCAGAGGCCUCGAUGUAGCUACGCUUCACAUUAAUAAAGUUAUUUCAAGAGAAAUGCAAA